CUGCACCGGGAGGAAAGUUCCCGCGGGGCAGCGGGGCGGCUGCGGCGGACCUGCCCGGGGCUCUGCAGCUCGUCGGAGCGCGGCGGGCGGAGCCGGGGCCGGGCUGUGCUGUGCUUUGCACCGCAUUGCACUGCUUGGCGGUGUGCAUGACACUGCAUUACAGCGCCUGGCACUGCAUUGACCCGCCUUUUGCAUUGCUUGGCACUGCAUUGCACUGCACCGCACCGCUUCGCCUGGCACUGCACGGGCACGACGCUGCGUAGACCCACUGGGCACUGCCUCGCCUCGCCAUGUCCCUGCUGCGGGCGUCGGAGCUGCUCCCGGACUCGCCGCGCUGGUUGCCCACGCACGUCCAGGUCACCGUGCUGCAGGCGCGGGGCUUGCGGAGCAAGGCGGGCGCCGGCCCCAUCUAUGCCGUGCUGCAGCUGGGCCGCGAGAAGUACAGCACGUGUGCCGCGGAGGGCAGCGCUGGACAGGCGCGCUGGGCCACGGAGGAGUGCGCCUUCGAGCUGGAGCCACCGGACUGGGGCGGGGGCAGCUGCGAGCUGGUGCUCACGGUCAUGCACCGCGCCCUGCUGGGCAUGGACAAGUUCCUGGGCCGCGCCACCCUGCCCCUGGAGCCUGCGCUGCAGGCCGGACGCACCCACCGGGACCAGUGGUACAAGCUGCACUCCAAGGCCGGGAAGAAGGAGAAGGAGCGAGGAGAGAUCCAGGUCACGAUCCAGUUCACCCGUAACAACAUGACGGCCAGCAUGUUCGACCUGUCCAUGAAGGACAAGCCGCGGUCACCCUUCGGCAAGCUGAAGGACAAGAUGAAGGGGAAGAAGAAAUACGACCUGGAGUCUGCCUCCGCCAUCAUCCCCAGCAGCAUGGGAGCCCUCAACGUGGAGGACUAUGACCUCGGGGGCAAGAAAUCCAAAACCAAGGGGUUUUUCUUGAAGAACAAGCUCCGCAAAUCGUCCCUCACUCAGUCCAACACCUCCCUGGGCUCCGACAGCACCAUCUCCUCUGCUAGCAGCAGCUUGGCAAACAACUUCGGCAUAAGCAUUAAUGCUCCCGAGGUAACCAAAUCCCCCAGCAGGCACAGCAGUCUGUCCACAGAGUGCUCUGUGAAAGACUAUCUGCCAUCUCCAAAACUGACCCACAAGCGAGCGUUCAGCGAUGAAGUCUCCCAGGUCAGCACGGUACCCGAGUCGAAAUCCAUCCAAAGCCUGAAGCCAAAGAACGAGCCGGUCUCCAGGUCCUCUCUUUGCAUCAAUGGAAGCCACGUUUACAGUGACGAACCCACACCAAAGAGCCCCAUGUCUGCCCAGCGAAGCUCCUUGCCUCUGUCCGUGCCUCUACAAAAUGUUGCCAAAAGGCCCGAGGAGGGCUUCAGCCCCAUCCCCUUCCCUCCUGACUCCCAAGAGCCAUCGUGGAGAGGCAGCAGCUUCGAGAAGACGCAGCCGAAGGAAGAGCCUAGAUUCAUUCCCUCUCCUCCUAGCUUGGUAUUGCAAGAGGAGCUCAAGGUCUCAACCAAAGCCGUCACCCUCAGCAACCACCUCGGCCGAGCCCGGAUGGAAGAAGGUGGGCGCGUAGAGAGCAAGCCUGUGCAGAUCGCCACACCGAUGGUCUUCUCUGCAGAGCCUGCAAAAGACAAACCUCUUGAGGAAGGCAGGAAGGAAGACAAGAAGGCAAAAGGUGGCCUCUUCCACCACAGAGGCAAGGCGGAUACAGGGGAGAAGAGCUUGGGGGAGAAGCAGGGAACCACCCAGGCGUCUCAGGUGAUGGCUGGAGAAGAGAAGAGCAAGUCCAGCUGGUUUAGCUCGAAGGACACCAAAGAGCCUUCUCAGAAACCCAGCCUGGAAGUGUCUCCUAAGGCAGAAACCAGCUCAGACGCUCCUUCUCAUUUACCUCCUUGCUUCCCUGUCCGGUUCCCUUGUGCCGCUGUAGUCCAUCCUGCCCGCAUGCUAAGCACUAACCUUUUUGCAGCUAAUGAAGAAAAUCAGUUUGGAUGCUUGUCCCCCACCAAUCCAUUCCUCAACUCCCUGCAGAGCAACCCUUUCUUUGAGGACCUCCUCGCUGAGCAGGUACUAAACUCUCCCUCACCUACUCACUUUUUCUCUAGUUUCCCGCCUGGGCUGCAAGCUACCGCAGAGGUCGCUGAGAGCCUUUGUUCGUCUGCGGAUUCUGGUCCCGCUGCCUCCAUAAGACCUAAAGACCCACAAAAGGAGUCUCGCAUCCCAGUUCCAGAAACUGCUCCCACACUGCCAAGAUCCUUUCCUCUUCCAGAAGAGGAUCCCACUGCUCCUCCAGCCCUCUCCGAGUGGGAUGACACCUUCGAUGCCUUUGCAACAAGUAGACUCAAGCCAGAAGUUAAGGAGGAAAGCCUUUUUAGGUCUCUAGCUAUGGAGGGCAUGGCCUACAUCGAUGACCUGGAUGGGGCAAGCCCUACAGAUCGUUGCACUGAACUUGUUCAGGAAAACCAGACUGAGAUAACAAGUAUGGCUGAACCGCAAACUGAUGAUGAAGUGGCUGUAGGCCCAGAGACCUGGGGAAAUGUCACCGUCGUAAAAGGCUCAGAGGUGGGCUUAGCGAGUGCAGGUCAGGAAGCCACGCUGACGGAAGAGGUCACGUUGAGUCGUUUGCCUCCAGACACAUUGGUGGAGAGUGGGAAAAACAGCACCUCUCAAGUUUGGUUCUCUAGGUUUGCACUGGAAAUACCAAGGGAAGAGCAUGCUUCUUCCCCAGAGGAAUGGGACAGAGAAGAUGUGCAUGGGGAAAAGCCAACUGAGACGUACGAGGAGGAACCCACUAGUCCAAGGGAAGAUAAAGGGACAUCUGUAGGACAAGAGCCAUUUCAGUGGCUCUCCGAAAGCGACCAGGACUUAGCUGAAAGUAGACAAAAGGAUCAGGAGAAUGAAUGCAGACAACGUAUGGGGUCAGAUGAAGAGGAGAGCAGCUCUCUGAGUGCAUCACGCAUACUGACCAAAAGCGGCUUUGAUUUGGAGAAACCUGGUGAGGUGCUUUCUGGAAACAAUGCUGCUGCCGUGCUGCCGCUGGGGUGGCCUGAAGAUGCAGUGGAGCCGUCACUGACUGCAAGGGAUCACGGCUCUAAUAGUAAAGUGGUAAUGGUGGGUACAGUGCCGCCGGCCUGCGGGCUCCCAGCCAGCACACAAGAGGAGACAGAGGAAAGCAAUGUGCAACUACGUCCUGACUCUCCUGAGACACAAGAAGGCUCCUCUCCAUGGACUGAGCCCCAGGAGAUUGAGACGGAGAGCUACAGGGCAUCUGGUUUGGAGCUGCACGUGGGGACGCCACCUCCUAAACCUCCAAGGCGGUUCGCAUCCUUGGACUUUAGCCAGGAAGAUGACCAGGCCCAUUUGGACCUGCAGAGGAGCCAGCGAGGGCUCAGAGGUGACAGUGAAAAUGGGGAAAGCCCAGUGAGGGAAAUGCAUCAGCAAAACAUUGCAAGCAGAGAGAACAUGGGCCUGGCAGCACGCAGCCCCCCUGCACUGAGACCAGCAGUAAUUGAAGCCAAAGCCAGGAGCAUCCCUUUAAUGGCUGAGGAUGCUAAAUCUGCCACCGAGGACCAGGCAGCUAAUUUGGAGGCAAAAAAUAAUGAGUUGACGAAGUGGGACGCCUCUUCUGGGGAAAGCCUGUUAGAGAUAAAUGAGGAGGCGACGGCCGAGCAGUUCGAGACUUGCCCUUCGAAACUCUCCCUAGACGAAUUAGGUGCCAAAGACGACUCAGACAAAUUGGGAGCCGCAAAUCCCGACUUCCCUGCCCAUCUAAUUGGGGCUGCCCCGUCACAACAGAUCACCCAGCUAUGCUCCACCGGGCAGGCGGACGGCGCUGGCGGGGGCUCGUCAGAAGCGACACCUGCAGUCCCAGAACUGAAAGAAAUCCCCCCUGCAAAGCCACAAGCUCCAGGGGACCCUGACGUCUGCCAGCCUGCGCUGUUUUGGACGGCUCUGGAGGAGCAGCCCUCGGCCAGCCACAGCCAGGCUGACCAGCCAGAAAGGUUAGGUCUUAGCAAGUUUCCACCUGAGCUAGCAUCUAAAUCAGCACAGGGAGAUAGCGAGGAGCCUCUUGGGCAUGAGGAAGACCCAGGCCAAAGCCAGAAGAAUAAAGCAGAAGCCCAGGUGUCCCGAAGCGUGGAAGGGUUGGCAGGCUCUCUAUGGGAGCCGGAGCAGGGUAGCUGUUCAGCUAGGGAGGCCAAGCCAUUGCUGGGUCAGUGGCCUGCCCACUCAGUAGCUCCAGUGAUUGACUUCAAAAAGGCUGACUUCUGGAAGCAAGAGGGAGCAGAGGAGAGCAGUAGGCGGGAUGACACCUGUACUUUGGGUAAUCCCUUCACUCCCCUAGCCAGCCCUCCUGCCCCAACCAACCCCUUUGUGGGAAAGCCACCCAGCACCUCCCCGGCUCCAACCAUGUCCCCCGAAAUGCCUGGCCAGGGAGCUCUCCACUUCAGAGACCCUCACGAGGAGGCUGCUUCUCCAGGCUUCCAGCCCGCUAACUUCCCCGUGGACCGGCUAGCCGAGCAUCCUUUCCUGCAUGGCAAGCAACCCUUGGCCUUCUCCACACCUUUCCUUGUGGCUGCAACUAACUCUGAACAGUUUGAUUUCCCUUCCCCGAUCGUGCGCGCUACAACUGGUGGGGUCCCCGCAGUGACCAGCCAGGCAGCAGCCCAGCCCUACCCCUUGCCGCAGCCCGGUGGCCCGAAAGCCUCAACGCUCGUGGUUUUGCCCAAGGAGACACAGCCAGCUGAGAAGGCCUUUUUCCAGCCGACAACCAGUCCUCAUCCAGUGAAGCCCAUAAGUGCUGCAGUGUCAGAGGCCUCCAGUGAGAAAAAGCAGCACAGGUCCAGCUUGACCUCCGCCCUGAGCAGUGGCCUGGAGAAGCUGAAGACCGUCACAACAGGCAGCAUCCAGCCAGUGGCCCCGUCCACGCAACUAGAGAAGGCGGAGCACAAGAAAUUAAAGGAUCCUGCUCUGCCAGACCAGUCUGCCAAGUAUUAUCACCUGACCCAUGACGAACUCAUCCAGCUGCUGCUGCAGAGGGAGAAAGAACUGAGCAAGAAGGAGGAGCACAUCCAGGAGCUGGAAAACUACAUUGACCGGCUGCUGGUGCGCAUUAUGGAACAGUCUCCCACCCUCCUUCAGAUCCCCCUAGAGGAAACCAAGACCAGCAAGUAGCCUCGCUCCUUGGAGAUCUCGUCAGCAUCACUUGCCUACAGCACUUCUGGAAUAAACACGCUACACCCCCCCCCGACCCUUGCACUUACACCUCCUUUUGCAGGUAAAACACGAGAGAACUGUGGUGGCCUUGGCAAGUUUACAAGAAAUUGAGGUUUACAAGAAAUUGAGCAGGAAAGAUGAUCUGCAUCUCCAGAGAAAUGCGCUCCACCUCUUGUUCCUGUCAGGCACAGAACCCAGUAUUAUAAUACAGUCAGCAAUAUCCUCCCAAAAAAAUAGGCUUCUCCCCAGGGGCCCAGCAACAGCAUGGAGAGGCAUCUUUUUGGGCAGAGUACCGGAGCCUUACAUCACCCAUGGGACUGAGAGCGUGGGCAGUGGAAAUGUGCCACCUUGCCCUUGUUUUUCAGGCUGCUCCUUCUUCAGCCCCAAACACCUCCAUCCUGUCUAAAACAGCAUGUAGUUGCUUAUGGAAAGCAUUGUGAGCUGUUUCUCCUGCAGUCUCUGAGAAACCUUACCCAUGACACUUAAGAGCUCAAUGAGGAUCUACCCUGUCUUGUUGCUCUUUCAACUGUGCAAGUAAGUGAAGUAAGGGACAGCUGUUUUCAGCUCUCUCAUAUUAUCUGAUGGUUCCCUAAAGCAAAGGGUUUCCUUGCCAUACAAGACAUUCCUGCAAGCCCCGAGUACCCAGACAGAUGGCUGAUGGGGGCAGGAAACAACUCACAAUGAUGAAACUGGAUAAGCCUGAAGGACAACACGUGCAUUAGGUGGCAUGUCACGUACUGCGCUUAGAUCUGCACUGUGUCCGGCCAGGUUUUCUGCUGUGAUGUGACUGUCUCCAUUACUCAGCUUGACACAAAACUUCACCCUGUAUCCUACAGUCCCUGUGAAGAGACAUGGUGAAGUUUGUGCAGCCCCUGAAACUUCCUUUAUGCAAAUCUCCCCAACCCAUUCCCAGUGGAAAUGGCACUAAUACAUGCUAUGGACACUUGUUUCCAUAGAUCACUGCUAUGUCCUUUUCCAUGCAGUAUUAUCAUACCAGAUUCCUCUUUCUAGUAUUUACAGGGAGUGCUUUGAAACCACCAUAGCCAGCUGUCUGCCCCUUUGACACAAUCUACUUAUUUCUUUGUGUUUUGUGUCUCUUUUUUUUUUUUUAAAUGAGAUGGAAAAAUGCCGUAAGAAACAAAAAUGUGUAUGCAAAUGAAUAGAUGACUGCCAACCCACCUCUGUGUGCUUGGCAACCUAGUUGAUCAGAUGCCUGAUGGACACCUUCAGUUGAUCUUUGUAGUAGGCUAUCAGUUCGUUAGUACACACCGACCAUUAUCAGCAGUACGACUGCAGCUUGAUCACAUCUAUAUAAGUAUCCAGCCUUCGACACCCUUGGCCAGUCCCUAGAUGUUUCUCUGGACCAGCUCUCUGGGGUUGAACACUUUCAGCACUACUUGUUGAGGAGGGGGUUGUUCUCUUAACAAGCUCCUGAUCUGCUUGGGUUAAUAGCUAGUGAGUCUGGGGCUUGAUUGUGAGUGAUCCGUCCACCUGCAGCAGGAAGUGUGCAGCAGUUGACUCUGGUGUGCAGUAGUGGUGGGGAUGUGGGGAGAAAUUAGUGCCACAUCUGUUCUUUGGUGUUUAUCUCUGGGCUUCUUUUUCUCACUCCAUCAAGGCACUGGGUGGAUGGUUUUCCUACCUGUCCUAUCCCAACAAGAAGCUAACAAAAGAGCUUAACACCUGGGACUUCCCCUGCCUUGACAUGCCCAAGGUGCAUUGUUCCUACCUGUCCCUGGAGCGUGUGGCUUUUCCUUCUAAAGUCUUCCUUUCCUUUUACUGUGACCUGCCUCUGUGCACACAUGGAUUUUACAAGUUGUGCCUUUUGCAACAGAACAAGGCAGUUUCCUUGCUAAAAGGAUUCUUUAAACUUAGCUUUCAGUCUAUGCCUUGCCCAACUAGGCAAAGUUUUCCUUGCUGGCUAGGCUGUGGCUUCCUUAAAGUCUUUGUGUUUUGUUUAAAGCCAAAAACAAGACCUGUCCUAUUAAAAAAGUGGGCAAGUUACUGUUGGCUGGAACACUUUGCAUUAGUCUGAUGUAAAUGAUGUUGAGAUUAAUCUACAGAUAGUAACAGAGAAGAGUGUACGCCAAGGUAGACUGCGGCUGGUAGACCUGCUGGAAGGAUACAUCAGUAAAAGUUCAGUGGACCUGCUGGUACAAUAAUGAAGAGUUUGGUGUCCCGAUCUAGCCCGUGUUGUAUGAGAAGGAGGCUUUGCUGGAAAUACUGGCUGUGAGCUCUUACUUGCCUUUGGUUGCAAUAGGAAAUGGAUCCAAUCUGAGGUUUUGCACUUACCUGCCUACUCUGCUGUAUUUGUGCAUCUCGGGGAACAUGGGGCUAUGUUUAUAUUGUAAGAUUUAGGACUUUAAGAGAGGAAUCCUGCUUUUUUUUUUUUUUUUUUAAUUUCUGUAUAUGAGUUUGAGUACCAACAAUUCCUCUUCGCAUGUACAAUCAAAAAAUUCCUCCAGGGAGAGCUGUGAUCUCCCUCUGGUUGCAUGCCUCUUGGAAAAGGACUUUCUGUUAUCUGAAUGGUGUGUGUGCGCGUGCUGGGAAGAAGUUGCUUCCAAUACGAAGCAAAUAAGCAAAACUCUGUGUACAAAUAAAAUGGGUAAGCAAGAAGAGGUAGAAAGGAGAGGCUGAUCAAAGUCAGAUGUACUGGACUACAGAGACCUGUGUCAAAUGGGGACUAUAAAGGAGGGAAGUCUAGUAUUUUAUAUCUGUGAGCAUGAAUGUGUCUACAUUGGGUCUUAACCAACAUGUGCAUAAAAGAUAGUUUCCGCCUUCUGUCUGUCCCUUCUUGCUUAGGACCAGAACUGCUCCCGGAUGGGAGAAGCCAUCUGUUUGCUAUUCCUCUCGCAAACACUGCAAAAUACAAGAGACCAAAUAAGACUGGGCCUAAACUGUUCCUCCCGGUUGGCUUGGUCCCUCUGCGGCCUCUUGGCUAUUCCUGUAGGAUUGUGUGUGUAUGUGUGUGUGUGUGUUCUCCUCCUGAGGACUCCCACACUGUAGGUGCUUUCCACACACUGCACAUAUACUUGUGCAUCUGCACACACACAAGUGCCAGUGUUUUUAAACUUAAGCUUCUCUCCUCCUCUUCCAUGAUAGUUAAAUCACAUCUCUAAAUCGCUGCCUGCCUUAGUCAGUUCUCUGCCUUUUUUUCCCCAAAGCUUGAAUGUUUUGUGCAUUCAUAUAUUCACAUCCUCUCAAAGCAGAGCUGCAUUGCAUAGGACUGCACAGGGCUAUGCCAUGUUUAAUAGUAUGAGUUUUCUCUCUGACCUUGUCUUCCCUCUCUGUGCAUGGUCUAACUCUGUACCUAGAAGACUCUACUCCAUGAGAAACUCUCCAUUUAUGCUGGCCAUGCCUUAAGAGGAUAAAGUAGACGGCAUGAAAAUGAUGAUGCCCAAGGAAACAUUCAGGAUUUGGCAGAAAGAGCUGGUUGGGCAACCCAACGUCUGAACUGAAAGUUGGUUCAUGAGAGGGGGAAGAAGGAAUAAGGACAGCAAUUGUGGCUGCAAGGGGUGUGCUGCUGCCCUUCCCUGUGCGGACGUUGGUGUCACGGACUACUGGGGCAUUCAAAAGUCAGAGGGGAGGGAAAGACCCUCCUUGCGGAUAAUUCCUUUUCAAUCGGCCUGUUUACUUGUGUUACAGUCAGCUUGUUGUUUUGUCCUCCAUUGCUCCACUCCACUGCCCCACAAAUCUUCUUCCCCGUGUGAUUCUCCCCUGCAUAAUAGAGCCAGGAAUGUUAAACAUGCCGUAAGUAUCUGGAGACAAAUGUUUAAGACCAGCCUGAUGAUUGAAUUAACCUCACUGGUACUAGGAACAAAAAUUAUUGGAUGAACCGACGAGAAGAUAGAAGCGUCAGUGUUUAAAAAAGGAAGGUGGGGAGGGAAGGGAGAAGAGUAAACAAAUGUAUUUGUCCUUAAAACUACUGAUGCUCUUGUCCUGAAUCCAUAUUGAGAGAUUAUUUUGUGGAAACAAGGCGUUGAAAGGAUAUCACCAUGCUAAUGCUGAAGUCUAAACCAGGAGUCCUCUGGGUGAUGGCUGGUCCCUGCAGAAAGGAUGAUUUGAGUGCAUAUGUAUCACUCAUUACCAACAGCAGUGGUUUUGUUUGCUUGGUUUUCAAUAAGUCUAUUCCCAUAACUUAUUUUUCUCUGUCUGCUAUAAUCUGACCCUCCCGCACACAAAUGCUUCACAAGUUUCUCUGCAGACAUGCAGCGGGCCAUAUCUGUGCAGCAUUUUGUUGUCAGCUCACCAGGUCAAUAGGUUUUAUUUUUAUAUAUAUUUUUAAAGGAACUCUGUCAAGCAAUUUGAUUCUUCUUUAUUUGCUCUUCUGGCCUCAGGGGUUACAGGGUGUGUAUAUGUGUGUGGUAGGGGGGGCUGCCACGAGAGAUGCCAAGUGAAGUCCUUAUAACUGGAACGAACACGAAGGGCCGCGGCUAUCGAACAAUGCCACGUGAACCCACUCGAGUUGAUCUUGUCUGUAAAGGAGCAGUAUGUUCUGUGUUACAAAUGUGCACCCGAAAACAGAGGGUUAGUGUGUUCAAAUGCGGGGAGUUGUUGGAUUCCCUGUACUUUGUGUAUGUGGGAAGCAGGUCCUGCAUAUGUUUCUUUGUUUUAAUAGUUGCAACUAAUGUUUAUAAAAGAGCUUGUUAUUUACAUUUUAAGCACUUUAAAGAAAUAAAAAUUGUUCAAGCUGU